AUGACUGAAGCAAGCAUUUUCAUAAAGAAUGAGCCUGACGCGCACAAUAGUGAACCAGGCCAUUUCAUGAUGUCCCAGUCCGGAUACUCCAUGCACAACCAAUUCGGGAACCCCAAUGAUGGGGUUGACCCCUCGGAACUGACGAUGCAGAAUAGCGGAUUCAUGUCCUAUCCCUUCAGCUCUCAACAAAACAUCUCUUCGAGUUUCAAUUUCGGAAACUCCGGUAUUGAUACAGAUGAAUUGUUAGAUUUGGAAAUUAACGGGGCGAAUGGUCUAACGCGAAAUUACCUUCAGGACCAGCACUCCAGUCCCGGAAUUUCUAUGAGUCAUCCAGGCCAGAUGUCACAGAUGUACUCAAACACUCCGGAUGGUGCUCCCAUCCACAGCCCUUUCCUACAGAGCAGCUUCAACUAUGACCACUUUAGGGGUAUGAACCAAGGCCAGCUGAGUUCUUCCCACCUCCAGAGUGCUGGCUCCAAUUUUGAGCAAAACUACCUCAGUGCAAAGGCCCGACCCAGUUUGCAGGCAAUGGACCGUACAUCAAUGGAUGGCCGCAGCCCCAUGACUCCCAAAACACCUGCUUUGGGCGCUCUGACCCUCGGAACUCCAGAGUCCGGGAGCUUCCCCACCCAGCCCAUCCGUACGGGUCUACAGCACCGUCAUCAGAAGACUCUUUCAAACCAAUGGGAUGGCACACCCGGAAGUGCGCACUCCUAUGCAGAAUCCCCUAUCUCAUCCCCAGGCCAUCCAUCGCACCAUGCUGGUAUUUCUGAAAUCCUCAAGUCGGGAAAGCAUGCUUCCUUGCCGGCCAAGGUAGAUGCUCACAUGCCCGGAAGUGCCCAGGAUCUAGAGUCACAGGAAGCCAAACGCCGCCGCAGGAGAGCGUCCCACAACCUGGUUGAACGUCGACGACGUGACAACAUCAAUGAGAGAAUCCAAGAUCUUUCGCACCUGGUCCCCCAGCACCGUUUGGAAGAUGACAAAGUCCGUAAACAGCUUGUUAAUAACUCUAGCUUGCCUAGCACAGGAGGAGGCUCCAACGCCGCAACCUCUCUUUUGGCUGGCGGCACCGGCCGCCGAGCUGCGGGCAAUAUCACCAUGGGCCUCCCAAUCGAGGAGAAGGAGAAAGGACCUAACAAGGGGGACAUUCUUAAUGGUGCCGUGGGAUGGAUGAGGGAUUUGAUGUGGGCAUUGCACGUCAAGAUCCAGCAAGAGGCUGAACUUGCUGAACUAAUCAGUAGCCUUGGGGGAACUUGGCCAUUUGAGCAAACCGAAGAGGAGAAACGUAUGCGCACGGAGAUUCUGGAUGCGCUGGAGAAAAAUGACCCCAGCUCCUUCCAAUACAGCCGUGCUCCUGGAAGUGGCCUACGAGUACCCAAGCACACCAACAUGGCUGGUGAUACUGUCUCGCCAAAUGGCGCCUUGAGCCCUCAGAGUCUCAGCCCUCCGUUUACCGGCGGUAAUAACAACGGCGGCAGCGGACAGGCCCAAUACUGGGGUAGCUCUGGGCACGCUGGUAUGAGCUUCAAGGAGGAAGAUGAGUAUGCGAUGGAGAUGAACUAG